AUGAGUGAAUCUCAUGAUCAUGCCAGUGAACUGGUAAAGCAUGGUGCUUCUACACGACAGCAAAAGAGAACAUGUACAUCAGUCACAAGCAAAUGUGGAGAAAACUCAUCUCCAUUUUUUCUUGCCCAAUCCAUUGCUGUAGCUAUGGGGAUUCGUUUCAUUGUAAUGGUAGUGAUAUGCAGUGCCAUGAUCAUAAAUUCUGUGAUUAUUUUAAUAACAUUAUUCAACCAAGAAGCUCCAAUUUCUUUGAAAGAAAACUACUGUGGUCCAUGUCCUAAAAACUGGAUAUAUUAUAGAAAUAACUGCUACCAAUUUUUUAAUGAGAGCAAAAGCUCGUACGAGAGCCAAGCUUCUUGUAUGUCUCAAAAUUCCAGUCUCCUGAAGAUAUACAGCAGAGAGGAACAGGAUUUCUUUAAAUUGGUGAAGUUGUAUCAUUGGAUGGGACUAGUACAAAUUUCCACAAAUGUUUCCUGGCAGUGGGAAGAUGGUUCCAUUCUCUCACCCAACCAACUAACAAUGGUUGAAAUGCAGAACGGAAACUUUGCAGUCUAUGGCUCAAGUUUUAAAGCUUAUACAGAAAACUGCUUAACUCCAAACACAUAUAUCUGCAUGCAGAGGAUUGUGUAAAAGCUUGUAAUUUAUAAAAUGUGAUGUAUUCAAAGACACAAAAGCCAUUCUCUGAGUGUUCUCCUUGAAGAAAAUUUCCAGAAGAAAAUUCUACCAAUAGUUAUUGAAUUAUUUUUCCAUGUACAACAUAUCAUAAAAAUUU